CAGAGAAGAUCUCAGCCACCCCGGAGUGGAAAAGAAACCUGUUUGAGAACGGCAAAUCUGACAUAUUGGAGAGAAAAAUAACAAGCAGUUUUGUCAGGACAAGAGGAACGAGAGAGUGAGAGACUCUCCCGCUGAUUCUCAGAAGCACUUAGGUGUCGACUGGAGGAGAAGAGCGGAGAGGAGCGGAGAAGAGGAGGAGUGAAGCUGUGAAGCUUUUAGCGUUAGUGAGGGAGCGCGCUGUCACUGCGAGUGUCGCUUGAGGAGGAGGAGGCAGAGGCGAACACUCCUGGUCUCUUGAGAGAGAGAGAGAGAGAGAGAGAGAGAGACUAAGAGAGAUACUGAGAGAGAGACACACAUACAGUGUGAAGGAGGGAACAAGCUGACAGCAAUACAGGAAGAGCAGGGCUGGCAGACGAUGUGCUGCUAACUGAAGCACUCAUGCUCCAGACCAUUUACGAGGCUGAAUCCUUUUUCUCCACAGACAGCAUCGGCAAACACCGGCUGCCUCGGACCCCCAACGACUCCGACAUGCACAACGUCAACAACUCAGUGGACGUUAAGCCAGAGGUUCCCUUGGCUCUUGAUCCGGGCUCCCCGUUGGACCUGCGUACGGAUGUCAGGAUGCAGUGUUCCGCUUCAGAGCCCGGCGUGUGGGAAAGACAGCUUCAACAAGAACUGCUCCUAAUUCAGAAACAACAGCAAAUUCAGAAACAGCUACUCAUCAAUGAGUUCCAGAAACAGCACGAGAACCUGGUCCGCCAACACCAGGCCCAGAUACAAGAGCACCUGAAGCUCCAGCAGGAGCUACAGGCCAUGAAGCACCACCAAGAACAGCUGGAGAAAGAGAGGAAACUAGAGCUACAGAGUCAGGAGAGAGAACUGGAGAGACACCGUCGAGAACAACAGGUCCUGGUCCUACGCAACAGAGAGCGAAGCAGAGAGAGUGCGGUGGCCAGCACUGAAGUGAAGCAGAAACUCCAAGAUUUUCUGUUGAGUAAAUCCACUAAAGAUGGUACAUCAGCUGGAGCCCCCUUGAAAUUGACACAGAGCUCCAGACUGUGGUACACGGCCUCCCAUCACACCUCUCUGGAGCAAAGUUCACCUCCUUUGGGCGGAGCGUCCUCCUCCUGCAAGGUGUCAAUGCCCUCACCGCAAGACUCUCGAGAUGACUUCCCUCUGAGGAAGACAGUUUCAGAGCCCAACCUGAAGGUGCGCUCCAGGUUAAAGCAAAAGGUUGCGGAGAGGAGGAGCAGCCCGCUGCUCAGGAGGAAAGAGGGGAGCAUCAUGACACCCUUUAAAAAGAGAGCCCUGGAGCUUAUGGAGUCCACAGCCAGCAGCAGUGCUCCUGGAUCAGGUCCCAGCUCACCUAACGGGGCCUGCAGUGCCUUGGGGGCUGAAAACGGACCCUCCUCUCUACCAGUCACCACACGCACUGAGCGUUGGCCAUCGCAGCCGAGGUUACUAGGUCCUGAAAGCUCCAUGUCUAUGUUAAAUCUCUAUACAUCUCCUUCUCUACCCAAUAUAUCAAUGGGUUUCUCGGCCGUCUCUCCUCCUAUCAGUGCUGCUUUAGGACUUCAGGAAAAGCAUGUUGAAGGUGGUGGGGUAUCAGCUGUCAUGCAGGGUUUGUCCACGCAACUUCUGGGACCAGUGCCCCUGUCUGUUGCCAUGGAGACCAAAGUGAGCAUCAGCCACCAGGCUCUUCUGCAGCAUCUCCUCCAGAAGGAGCAGCUUCGGCACCAAAAGAUCCUUUCCACAGGCCAAAGUCAUUUGCAUCCUCCCUCUCCGCUGGCCAUGAGGGACAGUUCUCCUGGAAGCACCCGGCCCAAGCUCCCACGUCACCGACCCCUGAACCGCACCCAGUCUGCACCACUGCCCCAGAGCACACUCGCUCAGCUGGUGAUUCAACAGCAACACCAGAACUUCUUGGAGAAACAGAAACAAUAUCAGCAACAGGUCCACAUCAACAAGAUGCUUUCGAAAUCAAUUGAGCAGCUGCGUCAGCCCAACGUCCACCUGCAGGAGUCAGAGGAGGAAGAGGUUUCGAAUGAACAGGCCAUGCUGGAGGACUGCUCGCCCUCUGGUGGCGUCAUCUGGAGGCACAGCCCUGACAGGAAUGGCACAAAGAGAUCCGGCUCACCCACCCAGCCAAUGGACAUUCAUCCUGGGGUCAUCCGGGUGAAAGAGGAGCCCAAUACCAGUGAUGAUGAAACACUGGCCACUGAAACCCUGGCUGACAAGCAUAGCUCUUACAUUAACCAGGUUAAUGGGAGGGUUGUGAUUCGGGCCAUGAUAUGAAACGAGAAACGUCGGCAGAUACAAACACACACACACACAUCAUGCUUAAAAUGAUCAGGCGUAACACAGGGCCAUCGUUUUGGGAGCUUCAGAAGUGGUUUCAUUUGUGAACUUGUGAAGUGAUCUCCGUAUCGUAUGUUCAAUGUGUUGUAUAUAAUUGAAGCUGAUGGGAAUUUAGCUGACUGCGUCUUUUAAAUGCUACUUUUGAUUGUUCAAGUUUGUUAAAAUAAUUUAAGAAAUUCUGUAUCUACCUUAUACCCACCAUCUUGUAGGAUAUUCUGUGAUUUCCCAUAGCACUUUGAUUUCCUUAUAGAUUUUAUUUUGCUUUAUAUAAAGCUAUGUUUAUGUAAGAGGUGAAAACAAUGUCAUUGUCUGCUGAAAGAUAAACAAAAGUGGAAAACCACCUAAAUUCAGGCACGAAAACUCUGGGAACACUUCAAGAAUCACAUUCUUUAUCCCUCGGUCUCCUGUGGCGCAAACCGAAGGCUGCCCAGGAUCACGAGCGGGACUGCGCUCUGCGCAGAAUUUUGAGAGGGAGAGAGUCGUAGAGGAAAUGCCUGGUGGAAGCCAGGAAUCAGAAUGAUUCAUGAGCGCAGGAAUGCUGGGAGAGGACAGCUCCACACUGAAGUAAGAGGGCCCAGCAGUGAGCUCUGAUUUACUGUUGAGGCAUAUUACAAAGUGAGUGGGGAGACAGUGGUGGGAGCCCCAUUUUACAACCAAUCAUUUCCUCUGUAUUCCCACGUGAUGUGUUUACCAGGCUCGAUGUUAAAAAAAGGGUAAUUGUUCUGUUCGCUCUCUCAUUCGGUCCUUUCCUGAGGCAGUGUUGCUGUUUUACGGCUGUCUUUCUUUAACUCGUGUAAUAGGUUCAAAAACAGUUCUGUUGUAUUAUUCAGGUUAUCAAACCAUCUUUUCUGUCAUUUAUUUUGAUGUUGCACUUUCAAUGUUUAAUUGUUCGUUUCGUGUAUGUGAUCCUCUGAAAACGUCAACAACAACAACAACAAAAAAAAACUUGUAGGGGAAAAUGUUGCAUUGGUGUGAGCCAUCACUGUCUACAAAUAGCCCAUGAGUCAACCUGAGCUGGCCUUUUUCGUUCCUGUCGUCUAUUCAACUGUUUGGGAUGUUUAUGGGAACUGUCCACUCACGAUAGAACGUCACGUUUAGUUUGUAACGUAUGUUUUCCCUUCCUGCCUUGUCACCUUUUAUAAAAUAAAGUCUUUUUCCAUCCCG